GGCGCGAUGCAUACACAGGUCGAAAAGAUUACUCUACCGUUUUCUCAUCCUUAUCUGACCAACAGCCCUGGAAGAAGUAUUUACAUUAACGGAAAAUUGUCAGAGAAUCCGUAUCGAUUUAGUGUGAAUUUUUUCACUACUGAUGAUCCUGAUGACGACAGUGGUAGCGCCCUCACUAUUGAUAUUCGAUUUGAUGAACGUGCUGCGGUGUUUAACUCCAAAACAGGCGGAGUAUGGAAUGUUGAAGAGAGAGCGGAUAGUUUUCCGUUUGUGCCUGGCGAAAUAUUUCUUUUCACCGUAUUGACAACCGAACAGUUCUAUGACAUCAAAGUGAAUGAUGAACAUCUAUAUUCUUUCAAUCAUCGUCUGUCUAUAGACUCUGUCAGGCGACUUGGAAUCAAUCAGGAGCAAAUUGCAGAAAUUUCUACCGUCGAUCUGUUGCAAGUUUAUGUAGAUGUAAGUUAA